GUUUGUCGCCGUUUUCUGGAUUUCUCUCUUUUCUCUUUUUCACUCUUCAUCCAUAAGCAAUUCACUUGAAAGAAGAUAAAGAGAAAGAAAAAGGGAGGAACAGCAAGGUUCUGCAUUUCAUUCCUAAAUCUUUCUUAACAAGGUGCUCUAAUUAAUUCUAGGAAAGGCUUUAUAGCUGAUCUCACAGUUCCAAUUCCACAAGGAUUUCAGGGCUUUGUGAUCCGGGCCUUCCUGGAAACAAUGUUGUUUGAAUUUUGAAUGUUGUGACAAAAUCUUGGGUUUUGCUCGUUUAUUUUUUGCUUGAAUGUGAGCAGUGGCUGCUUUGGGUGUUGUAUUAAGCCUGAUUUAAUUGCAUCAUUGGACCAGCGAACGAAAGCCAGUAUAAGUCGGCGUCCAACAAGUAAUAUAAGUAGUAUCUCUAGGGAGGACCACAAGUGCAUGCGACAUGGACAUUAGUACAAUGCAGUCACAAGGGAGCUUAUCAUCAAUAAAUUUAUCAGUUCAAGCCCUCGAUACACCUUCUGGUGUUGGCAGCUCCAAUCCUCCUGAAUUUGUAAAUCACGGUCUUCUUCUUUGGAACCAGACUAGGCAAUGCUGGUUGGAUAACAAAAAUCAAAGUAAGCAAGUACGGAAAGUCCGUGAUCCAAAAAUUAGCAACCAUGGUUUCAACAUACUUGAUUCAUUAUGGCCUUGCAGUUGGAAUGCAACUUAUGAGAGCUUACUCGGGACUAACAAACCAUUUGCUCAACCAUUACCUCUUUCUGAAAUGGUAGAUUUUCUCGUCGACGUUUGGGAGCAGGAAGGGAUGUACGAUUAACAAAAUCGAAAUAUGAUUAGGAAGUAGCACCAACUAAAAGACACGAGCUAAUGCUCGAGAAGAAAGGAUAGAAAUGGCGAUGAAACUUCGUUCGUACCAUAACUUUUCUCAAUUGUAAUUGCUCUUUUAAAGUAUGAAUGAAACUUCUUGUUUGUUCAUCUCUACUUUGUUGGGUGAAUUUUAAAUUAUUGCUCUUUGAACUAAUGUUUCCUGUGUUGUGGCUUGUGAUCGACCUAAACCAUAUACAAUUUCAUCGUUA